GCCAGAUACCUGCCUGACGUCAUUAAGAGACGCCACGGACAACGACGGUUGACGCACGUCGAACGGUCGCUUACAUUUCUCCUUGUGACACGCAAGCUCGCCAAGUAUAAAUUGUGUCGGAUCGGAAAUUUCACGAUCGUACCCACAGCAUUUGUAGUUCAAUUACACGUAAUUAAAUACUGACGAUCCCGACUGGGCGUUGUUAACUUGCAGCUUUUAACAGACUCCGGGCCCGGGCUUGUCCAUCGGCGGCCGCCGGCUCCUGACCUGCCGGCGCUGGCUGCGGUAACGUCACAGAGGGUGCGGUAACGUCACAGUCAAAGAUCUUUGGUCACAGAGGCUGCGGUAACGUCACAGAGGCUGCCGUGGGAGAGCGCACCAACAAUGCCGAUCUGCAAGUACUUCCUGGAGGGACGCUGCCGCUUCGGCGCCAACUGCUGGAACGAGCACCCGCGGGGCGGCGGCGGUGGCGGCGGCGGCGGGGGGCGUGAGCAGCAGCAGAGCGGAGCUUACAGUAACAACAGAGGAGGCUGGGGAAAUCAGUUCCAGAAACCCCAAUCCAGAUACAUUCAACCAUCAACUUUCUCCAAAUCGACAACGUGGGUAAACCCUGGCAGGGAUGUCGACCGAAGAGGAUUUGGUAACACAGAUGCUGGGAAGAAAGCAGUUGCAAAUUCUGGAAGCUUUAUACAGAACAGAUUUACAACUCUCUCCAAUGAUAAUCAAGAAUGUGAUCAGGAAAACAUACUGGAAAUUGUAAGAAAAGACAUUGAAGCAUGGGAAUCCACUGGCCAGUGGUUAUUCUCCUGUUAUUCUGUGGCCAAAGAGUAUGCCUGUGUUUCAGGUCUUGUGGACAUCUCCCCUGAAGAACUUCGACAGGAAUAUUAUAACAGUAGGGCAGGAGGCAAUUUACAGCACUAUGUUGACUCCAUUGCACAAUUAUCAAAUCAACAUAGAAACAGGAUGCUUGAACUGAAGAAGCCAAAUUCUUCUGCAAGAGUGUCAAUGAGUGCUGAAUUGAGACAGCCUAACCAGCAAAAACCAUCAGUGGGCUUUGGUGGCAUGCAAACUUCAACAUUUGGCUCAUCGGUUUCCACAGGUUUGACAUCUACCAGCAUAAACAGCAACACAUUUAGCUUCAAACCCAGUGCUGGAUUAGAAAAUGUUGCAACAGUCGGCUUUGGAAACGCAAUAGCCUCUUCAGCCCCUCCACCGUCAGGGUUUGGAACCAAGCCUGUUGUUUCUGCUUCCGUCUUUGGAAACAGGCCUGAGUUUGGGGCACCUACUGGAACAACGGCUCCAUUGCCUGUAUUUGGUAGUUCUGCAACCAGUUCUACCCCAGGUGUCUCUGUGUUUGGAACUUCUGCACCAUUUGGAAGCAGCUUCACAGCUUCCAGUGCUUUGGGAAGUUCAGCAGUUACUGGUGCACCUACAGCCUCAGCAUUUGGAAGCACUGUGAAGGCAACAGGUAAUACUUUUGGGAACUCCGCAACAACUACAACGUCACCAAAUGUUUUCGGGGCAGUUGUCGCAUCUGUCCCUCAGCCGCAAAUUACCCCUGCAAGCAAUCAUUCAGUUAGUGGAAGUGAUGUGUUGUACACACCCCAACCAGAACUUUCAGCAGAUGACCUGCGAGAAUUUGAAGCAAAGAAAUUUACCCUGGGAAGGAUUCCUUUGAGGCCGCCACCUAUUGAACUUCUGACUGCCUAAGUAAAUUUGAAGUAAUUUGUUUCCAAUGCAUGGCUUUGAACAAUACAAUCCAAAUCCAAAUUGAGCUUUUUCUAUGUACAUUUCAAUUCUUGCGUGGUGUGCUAUUUUAUAAUUUUAUUAUGGGUUUGACAUUCUAAUAAUUUAUUGAAGACAUGACUGUUGCAUUCUCAUUUUUUACCCACAUUCCUUGCCCAAAAUUCAAAGGUUUGCCAUAAGUUCCAUCGGAAUAAAUGCUUUGCAGGUAAUUCUGUAUCUUCUUUCCUACCAGUUGUUGCUGAAAGCAGGGGAAGGUAGGAGGAUGAAUAUGUUGAUGAGAGCAAGAAAUAUUAGAUGUUGCAAUAACAUAAAGGUUGCUGAGCUGAUAUUUUAAUCGGAACUAAUCCUUAUUUGCUUCUAAGUAUGUUUAAACAUUUUCAAGGCUGUGCCUGGGUUGAAUUGGAGAGUUUUAUAAUCAUACAAAUUUUCAUUUAAAAAAAAUUGUCACGUGAAAUAACCCAAUGAAAACUGCAGACGGUACAUUCUUCAAAGUACUUAUAAUACCUCCAGAUUGUGCUGAAAUUGAACUUUUUAAUUUAAUGUUUUAUAAAUUAGUCCGCAUUCAUUUUAAGUCUUGAAUCGUGUAACUAACCCCAAUAAAUAUAUAAGAUAAUUCACAGUUGAUGUAAUAUGCUGCAUAUGAUGACUGUUAACAUAAAAUUUUGUCAGUAGUACCCAUCCAAAACAUAAUCUUCAUUCUUCUUGUUGACUUUUUUAUUGUAUUAAAUUUGAAAAAAUAUUAUGGUGACAAACUUGCUUGGAAUAUUCUUUAUGACAUUUAGUAACAAAUCACUUCACAAUCUGUAUUAUGAGUAUAUGGUUAUGUAUUAAUAUUUAUAUGCAGAUGGAUAUUGCUUACUCCUUGUUUUUAAUAUUGUUAUGUACACAUUCUGAUAGUGUAAAUUAGAUACAACGUGAAAUAAAGAGCUGAGUAAAUGGG